CGUCCCCGCGCGCACAGAAGCGGUCCAGGGGACAGCCAGGCGGCAAAAAUGGCGGUGUUGUGCCUGAUGCUGUUGCUGCUGGCCGGGGAUUUGGCAGCCUUUAUGCAGCCUCCUGUAUUUCACCCUAACCCACCUACAGAAUAUAGAACGCCAAAUUGUGCUCAGUUUAGGCUGCCAGGAUGUCCCAGGGAUCUUAACCCCAUCUGUGGAAGUGACAUGGCCACUUAUGCCAAUGAAUGUACUCUGUGCUUGAAAAUCUGGGAGGAUGGUCACGAUAUUAAAAUCAUCCGCAAUGAACCGUGCUGAUGGAGGCAGUUUCAGAAGACAGGGUGGAGAGACCAUCUUCUCCCAUACCCCACAAAUUUAUUCUCUGCAUUAAGUUUUUCCUAUAUUUCUUUGUAUAAGAUUGUUAACCCACCUUUUCUAGGAGGAGGUGUGAAAGACAGACAGGUGUAGUGAUGGAUAAUUAAAAACAAAUCCUGGUUUUUGGCUUCUGCCCUUUAGCUCAUUGGUUUAUUUAAUUGGAAUAAAAUAAAAAUUAAGCCAGGCACUGCCUGUAGUCCUAGCUCUUCAGGAGGCUGAGAUCUGCAGA